UCUCAACACCCGAAUUACUAGUACUUAAUCUACACGUUAUCAAAAGAAAAUGUCAGAUUUAGUUAGUGUUUUAGAUUUUGAAAAAUAUGCUUUCAAUAAUUUACCAAAAAAAACUUUAGAUUAUUACAGAAGUGGGGCAGGGAAGCAACAAACAUUGGCGGAAAAUAGAGAAGCGUUUUAUAAGUAUAAAAUCAGACCAAGAUGCUUGAGGAAUGUAGAAAACGUGGAUUUGUCAACUACAAUUCUUGGAGAAAAAAUUUCAAUGCCCAUAGGUAUCGCUCCAACUGCUAUGCAAAAAAUGGCGCAUCCAUUGGGAGAAUGUGCCAAUGCUCGAGCUGCUCAGGAGUUGGGGACGAUCUUUACUCUCAGUACUCUAUCUACAAGCAGCAUUGAAGAAGUCGCCGAGGCUGCUCCCCAAGCUAUUAAAUGGUAUCAACUUUAUAUUUAUAAAGACAGGAAUAUUACUCGAGACUUAGUCAUAAGAGCCGAAAAAGCUGGGUUUAAAGCAUUAGUACUAACAGUUGACGCUCCUGUUUUUGGACUUCGAUUAGAAGAUUUGAGAAAUAAAUUUACUUUGCCUUCUCACUUAAGAUUGGCAAAUUUCCAAGGUAUUAAAUCUGGUAUGAAUACAGAACGCGAUCACGAAUCUGGACUAAAUAAUUACGUCACUAGUCUUUUUGAUUCUUCCAUCAAUUGGGAAGAUUUGAAAUGGUUGAAGAGUAUAACUAAGCUACCCAUAGUACUUAAAGGAAUAUUAACCGCAGAAGAUGCACUUCUGGGAGUCCAAGCGGGAGUAGCGGCUAUCCAAGUAUCAAAUCAUGGCGCCAGACAAAUAGAUGGAACAGUCGCAGCUAUAGAUGCUUUGCCAGAAAUUGUUAAAGCCGUUGGUGAUAAAAUAGAAGUUUAUAUGGACGGUGGUGUUACUGACGGAGUAGAUAUUUUGAAGGCUGUCGCUCUUGGUGCUAGAUUGGUGUUCAUAGGUCGACCUGCUCUUUGGGGUCUAACACACAGUGGACAAGCCGGCGUUGAACAAAUCCUUAAUAUUCUUAAAAAGGAACUAAUAACCUGCAUGGCUAUUGCAGGAUUUUCUAAUAUCAAAGAAAUAGAUCGCAAUUUGGUGGUCCAUGAAAAUUAUUAUUCUAAACUUUGAAGAUGACUUAGGGAAGACCAAAAUACAAGUAGAUGCAAGAAAUGACAAACAUCUUUCUCUAAUUUUUCAAUACUAUAACUGCUAUGUACACACCUUCGAUUAUUCAAUUAAAUGGACUAUAAAAAGUUUGAAUAUAAGAAAGGACCAUCAAACGUGGGUUAUUUACACUUCCAUUCUGCACUUUUACAAUUCUACAUUCUUAUUUAUAUUAUUGUUUAUUGAUUAUUUUCAAUACCUAGAGAUUAGUAAAUCAAAACAGGUAUAAAUUAUAUAAAAAAUAUUAAAAGACAAUAAAUUUCCACUAUGUUUUUCGGACAAAUUUUCAAAAGUGAAAAUGGCAAUUUUUCAGUAAAUAUUGUAUAGGCAAUAUUUGAACUUUCUAUAUAUUUCUUUUAUUAGUUAAUUUCUGUACCAAUUGAUAAGCAAUAACAACAUUAUACUCUCUGAUUCUGACCAUGACACAGAAUUUUCAACUAGUAUCAGCAAUUAUGAUUUAGGUCACCUCUUACUCUCCAGUUCUGAGAGUGACUCAUAAAAUUGGGACAUGAAUGUCAUGGAAUCUUGGUAUUUCCACAGUUAGAAUGUAUAAACUUUGGUCAUUUGUUUUGAUUUUCAAUACAUUUUCGUAGUCAUUCAGCUUUUUCAUGAAAAAUGUCAGCAUAUUAAUAAUAAAUAAAAUUUGUAAUAACCGUCAAGUCAAUUUAGUACAACAGAAUUUUAGUUGCAAUAUCCGCCAAGUUCACAGGCAGUUACGCGAUUUCAGUUUCAAAAUCGGUCAAAUCCAAAUCGUCAAUAGGAGAGCCUAGUUUCGUCACGUGACUCCCAUGAUCCUCUGCAACUUGUUUACCCUUUAUUGCUUUAUUUUCCACGGGGUGUUUGGACUGAUUGAGAAAGAUUUGAAAAAGAACGACACUAUUCUUAAGACAGAAAAGUAUGAAGAAGUUCUUAGGAAACAUGGAACCGUUCAUCAUGUUGGAGUAACUGUCUCGAUUACAGAUUGGAAGUCUGAAUCUGAAAAAGUGCAAAAAAUAACCGAACUUAUGGCACUACAAGUUCAAUCCACCAAAAAAAAAUUAUGUUAAAAAAGAACAAGAAGAAACAAAAUAACAUUCUGGUCCAAUUCUUUCAAAGAAUUGAAACUUGUCAAGCAAAAUCUGUCACAAAACCAAAGUUUAAUAUGUCUAAGAUAAACCCAAAAAUCAUCAACCAGGGAGCUAGCCUUAAAGCUGCAAAAAUAGAGGAUUCUGCGAAACUGCUAACAAAGCACUUUGGACAAGAGUGGUGAAACUAGGGGACGCUAAAAUUUUAUCGAAAUUUGGAAAAUCAAUUAGUCUAAGAUCUCAACAAUGAAGAAUAUGAAAACAUUAUUGUUGAUGAGAAAAUUGAUACAGAUAUUGUGUUCACUUUUUACAAAACAUUAAAUGUUAUUAAUUUAUGAUACUUUGUAAUUUUUAUAAAGUCAAGAUUUUUUACUAAAGUUUUACUAAGCCUCUACGUCAUUAAAGUGUAAAAAAGUAAAAAUUACAAUUAGUGCAGCUUUUAUACCUCAACCCCUUUGCAACCUAAGCUUAUUUUUGUUUUAAAUCUCGCCAAAUCCCAAUCUCAUUAUCAAAAUCCGACAAGUCCAAACAUUGAUUUUAAAUAUUUCUAAAUAUUCAUAAAACUAUUUUGGGGAUCUCGAUCAAACAUUAUCUAUGUUAUAAAUUAAAAAUUAUUGAUUUUUUUGGUAAAAAAAUUAAUAAUUUCUUAUGAUUGGUCUGUUUGUGACAGUUUUUUCUACUUUUCCGAAAAUUUCUGGAGAUUGAUUUGGCGGAUUUUGAUUCUAGGCGCCUCAUUUAUAAACUUUUCCAACAUUAAAAGCAUAAAUGAUAAAAACUGUUGGAAUAUACAAACGGAGCAUGACGUCGCGGUCAUAAUAGUUCACUUUCCAAACAAAGUUUGUGAGGUAUUUAGUUAAAGUUAUUUAAAAAGUGUUUAAUUAGUUUAUUGUUGUAACAUAGGGUAAUGUGUUUUGUACCAGAAAGUAUUUUAUUGCAAAAUAUCAAAUAAAAUACGAAAAAAUCACCAAAUGUACAUACGAUCGUCAACGCAAUUAAAAUUUUGUUUGGAAAGUAUAAUUUUCACAUCAUCAAAAUUAAAGUUGUAAUCAUGAUGUUGAGCUGGAGCUAUUUUAUCUUUUAUAUUCUCGACAAUCAUAUUCAUGCUGGUAUAUUCUGUAUUUCAAGUACUGUUUUGUCAUACCUAUGUAACUCUUAUUGCAGUCUAAAUAAUUUAUUUUAUAAACCACAUUGGUGUUUGGUUGUUUUGUCUUUGGUAUGUGUGAAUAAGUUGCCCACUUUGUUUAUUGGGGGUAGAAUGCCAGGAUAAAAUUAUUUGAAUAAUGCGUUUCACUAACAUUCCUCUAAUGUAAGGGACUUUAUAAUACUUUUUAUUUUCGUUUCGAGGUACCUCUAUUAUAUUUUGAUUUCUUUGAUUUAUACUUUUAUUAACUAACUCUAUUGAGUAAUCAUUAACUUUGAGAAUUUGUCUGAUUAUAUUAUUCUUUUAAUUUUGUAUUGAUACAUAAUAUAUAAUAUACUUAUAUGCAUAAUAGUUAUUGAAGAAUUAUUUUAGCUUUUCAGAUUUGUACAUGACUAUUUAUAAUUCACGAAUUUUUUGCUUUGUUAAUUAUUUAAUUUUGUUUAUUGUGUUUAUUUGCCGGAAAAGCAAAACUCAAAAGAGCCUCACAUUCAAAGAGCUGUUUGAUUCAAAUGAGAUGGGCAGGUUCAGCCAUAGAUAAACCCCAUCGUUUAAACAAAUAUAUAAUGUGUGUGUGUAUCGUCCAUCAGCCUGAUUUAUUUUCAAGUGACAUUUACUUGAAUAGGCCCAUUAUUAUUUGUUAUUUCAUCUCGUUUAUGCACCUAACAUUUUUUUGUCUGGUACUAGUAAAUUUAUUUGUUCAACAUACUGUCUUUCCUAUAUUUUUCAGUUUAUAAAGUUAUAUCUAGCACAGAGAAGAAGAUAGAAACUAAUGAAAGAUUGUGUCAAUUGAAUUUUAUUUUUUAAAUAAUAUUUUGUGUACAAGUAAUGUUUUUAAAGAUAAAAUUAAAACUGACAUUAAGAAAAUUCCAAACUGUUAUCAAACGUUAAAAUAAAUAAAGCCCAAUCAGGUGAGAAGAAAAAUCUAUAAAUAAUUUGAACCCUUUUGUGUGAGGGAUUUGAAUGAGGCUCAACCUUUUGCAAACUUUAAACCAUUUAUCAAAAUUCAAACUAAUUAAAGUAUCACAUUAUAUUUGUCGACAAUUGUCCCAACAACCUUGGAGCAAUUCAAUUGCAUAAAAUUGUUUAUUUGAUCAAUUCGAUGUAAAAUUUACGUCAUGUCAUAUUUAACUUUUGUAUAUUUAAUUGAGAAACAAAAAUAAUUGGAAACAGUUUGAUAAUAUUAUUUCUAAUUAUGAUCUAUAUAUAUUUCGAAUAUGUGAAACAAAAACUUGUUUUUAUUAUAGAAAAUACUAUUUGGUUUUGUUAUUUGUUGUUUUAGUAAUUAUAAAAUAGAUAUUUAGAUUGCAUAACAACAAAAUUAGAAUUUGAUUUAUACUGGAAGAAACACUUGCUUACAGACAAGUCAUCCCUUAAAAUGUAAUUCCAAGAUCAAAACUAUACCAAAAACUCAACUAUAACUUUUGAGUGUUUGCUGGUUCUACUAGAUUGUAUAUUAUAUCAACUAGCAUUUUCAUGAUACAGAUUAAAAUCUAAAUUAUUUUAUUUACUGAUACAUAAUUAUCUCUCCUAUUAACACGUUCAGUGCUAAAAGAAAAAUCCGUAAUCAUCCACAAGUGCGGGGUCAAUUAACCCCGUGCAGUAACUAUCCGCAAGUGCGUCACGGGGUCUUUGUUUAAACGUAUUCAGCUUGCUGAAAAUUGAUUAAUUUAGGAAAAAUCAUUUGUUUUCCCACUUCAAAGGUUUAGGUCAGUAUACCACAGCAGUAGCACAUUAAUUGAUUUAUUCAAAAGUUCAUCAACCUAAUAGAAAUUGUACUCGUAAAUAAAUUAUUUUUGUUUUCAAAUAAAGACAACUUUCCCCUUUUUGAAAUUAAAUUUUAUGAGAUUUUAGACACAGGAAUUGAGUUUAUUU